CUGUGAUCUGGACCGAACUCGCCGGCAAAAUCAAAGUAAAGCAAUUUUAUCAAAUUCGUAAGUUGUGGAUUACGAUUCGGCAAAAUGGAAUCUAUUUACAAAUUAUCAUUUUACAAAAAAAAGAAUAACUGGAAAUUCUCUAAAGCAGAGUUUCAAUGUAAUGAGCCAGAUCCUAAGCCCGUGGAUAUUGUUCACCAUAAUCUGCAGAAUCUUGAAUGUGUGUCUAUGGAUAUAAAUUUAGCAGAGCCUCAAUUGGGUCCACCACCGGAUGAAAACCCAAUUCGAUGGACAAAUUCAGAAGAAAAGAUCCAGGACGUUUCCAUACAAAAAUUGCAGGAACUAACUGCACUCAAUAGUGUAUUCGUGGAAGCAGAUUUAGGUGAAGUUGACUUGAUGCAUAAUCCAGACGAUGUACUUGAUGUGGCGGAGCAAUGGUUGCGGAGUCAAAGCACAACUAUUUCUGACCUUGUAUCUUUCGAGAACUUCAUACGAGGAGCAUCUGAGGCACCGCAUUCAUCGGAAUUGGAUCUGCUUUCGCUUAGCGAGGACGAAGCUGUGAGACGUAUCGCUAUUUUGUCGUCACAACAGUUGCUAUCCGAGGUCACGCGACACACUAACGCACUACGCCUAUUGUUGAAUGAAGUACGAACGCGGCAACAGAUGCGUCUCUGCAGCCAAUCGAUGGAAUACCCUCAGGUUGAAUCAAUGUCUGAACCUGCAGCUUCGGCAUCUACCACCCUCCCCUCAACCACGUUACCUCUAAGUACUAUUGUAAGGUUCGUUGACAGUCAAACAGUCGCAGGGGCUUUCGAGCAAGAUCAACCAGGUAAGGGCAGAGGUCGUUUAAGGCCUCGAUCUGGUAUUAUAGGCAUUGGGAAGGGGCGACCUUUUUGGCUGUGAUUCGACAAAAUAAAAUACCUAAUUAAUAAAUCUUUAUCUAUAUAUCUGAUAUGAUUCGGCCCCCCUUUUGAUAUUUCGGUUAGGCCUUCUUGCCUCCCAAAAACUGUACGUAUUUAUCGUUAAAUUUGAUUUUCACAAUACCUAUUUAAUUUGUUUUAAUCUGAUUGAACUACUAAUAACGAAGGUUAUGACUGAUUAAUCUUAAAAAUAGUUGAUUUCUCUAAUGUUUACUAAAUGUUGAUCUUGUUAAUACUCUGAGGUAUUAAAUAUAUCAUUUUCUAACUGUAUUUUUAAUUGUAAUUGCCAUAGAGUAUUUUUCAAACAGGGUAUAUUUAAGGCACUUAUUAAACGUGGCAUGAAUUAAUCAUUUUGAGAGUAAAGCCGGGUCUCCAACAAAAGCUUUUUGAAAAUAUUCAAUAAAAACACAUACUUACACAAAACUGUAUUUUUGUAGCAUGUUUCUUUACACACGCCGUAUACUGCUCACGUGGCUGUCGUUCACAAAAUACACAGGACUAAGUUCCAAACCUACGAUCCAGGUGCAACAAAUGUCGUUGUAAAGUUGCACUCAGAGCGUAGGUUUUGGAACGCGGCCCCAGCUAGCAAGUUGUCCAAAAGUAGCCGAUGAAAAAAUACAAUACCCUGUCCCUCGACCCGUGCGGAAAGAUUUGUGUACGUGUUUUCCAUCAGGCUCGGAAAGAAAAAACUUUGUUGAUGCAAACAAAUAUGUGUUGUGAAACAAAGUUUUGUAUAUACGAUUUUGUUGAAUGUUUAUAUGUUUUUGUUGAUUGUGUAGGGAACACGCGCUGGAGACCCGGCUUAAUGGUUGCACUUGAGACGUAUCAAAGUGAUUCGUUUCCUUAUUCUAUUGCUAUCAGAAUGUAAACGGCAGAAUCAACUUUAUUAUAAUUAAAAACUCAAAUGACGUUUCUGAGUGCCACCAAAAAACCAAUAGGUACUUACAUAAUACCAUCAUCUGGAGGAAUCAUUUUUACCUUAAAGUAUAAUAAAAGUCUGAUAGAAAGUAAUAAGCUUACAAGUAUGUGUAUUGUUUGCGUAAUUUAAGAGUUUGUUCAGUUUAAAGAAACUUACGCCAAAAAAUAUUGUUUAAAAAGGUUAUCUACUUAAUUGUUUACCUUGACACAAUUUCUAGUACACUUGCCAAUUCACAUGCCACACUGAUGUUUUGUUCUUAUUUCAUUGCUAUUAAGUAGUUCUUUCUAUGUUAGAAGGACGAAAAAGUAUGUAGAAGUUUAUUGACGGCUAGAGUGGUUUUGUAAAUUAGCUGGCAUCUUAACACCAUGAUGUAUCUUUAUAAAUGUCUUUUUUGUAUUAUGAAGCAGGUAAUUUCAUGGUCCAGAAUUAGGUAUACCAUUACGAGUGACCUUGGUAUUGUACCUUUUUUCGACUUAUAGCUACUUUUGGUAUGCGAUUUUGUUAAAAUUAAGUUGAUAUAAGAUUAUAAUAUAAGCUUAAUGUAAUUAAGCUAAAAAGAAACCUAUUGUUAUUCUUUUGUUAAAAAAAACUUACAGAUGUUUAUCAUUAACUUGUUGAUUGGUUUAUUAUUAUAAAUAAGUAUUUAGUUUAAAAAAUGAAGACCUUUUUCUACGAAUAA